GACCGGUUGUGUGAGCUGGAACUCGGUGUUAAACUGGCUGGCUGGCACGGGCUAGUUGGUCGGUAGGUUGAGGGUAGCCAUGGCUCGAAUCGCUGUGAUACUGUUGCUACCGGUUCUUAUUGAAUCGGUAUUUUCCAUUUCUUUCUUUUUACCGGUCAACUCGAGAAAGUGUCUACGGGAGGAGAUCCACAAAGACGUCCUCGUCACGGGGGAGUACGAGAUAUCCGAACAGGCGAACACCAAAACUAAUCUGAAGAUCACAGAUUCCUCCAGCCACACUCUUUACUCCAAGGAAGAUGCAGUUAAAGGGAAGUUUGCAUUCACCACGGAGGACUAUGACAUGUUUGAGGUGUGCUUUGAGAGCAAAUCACCCAUGGGGACUGGAAGAGUGCCCGACCAGCUGGUCAAUCUGGACAUGAAGCAUGGUGUGGAGGCUAAAAACUACGAAGAGAUUGCCAAGGUGGAGAAGCUGAAGCCCCUUGAGGUCGAGCUGAGGCGACUGGAGGACCUGUCGGAGUCCAUUGUCAAUGAUUUUGCUUACAUGAAGAAGAGAGAGGAGGAGAUGCGAGACACCAACGAGUCCACCAACACACGUGUGCUGUACUUCAGCAUAUUCUCCAUGUGCUGUCUUAUCGGGCUGGCUACAUGGCAGGUCUUCUACUUGCGGCGCUUCUUCAAAGCAAAGAAGCUGAUCGAGUAGAUCGGGGCCCUAGCUCCCUUACCUCGUGGGGGAAGCAGCCUGCUGGUUAGCCGGCCAACACAUCCACCCUCCUUGGACUAGCUUCAGCAAACAACAGCAAGUGAGGUUCAGGGGCUCAAAUUCUAGUUUUCACAAAGUCACGGUUGUCCUCUGAGAAAAAAACAAAAUGAUUCACCUGCUUAUUGAGUGGUUUGAAACAAUAAAAGCGCUGUAGGGAGAAAUGCACUGUGAGACGUGGGGGGUGUAUGUCACUGCAUUAGUGAGAUAUGUCCAUUUCAUGGUACUUCACUUUUCUGUCUGCACUGUUUUUGAAUGUUGCAGCUUACUGAAUAAGAACUUGUCCCCUCAACCAGUUGAACAGCGAUGUUUGAUUUUGAGCUCAAUUUGAAUGGAUGUGCCAUGAGCGAAUGUCUUUUUGCCCUUCUGUUAAUGUACACAUUCUUAGCCAUGCCAAGCUAACUAGAUCCUGGUGCCCUUUUAUCAAGUGAAGGCUGUUUGUUGUUACUUGCAGAAAAUUAGCAACCACUGAACUUCUGUGUUAUGUCACAUAAUUUGCAUACAUGUUUGGUAGCUGAAUUGAACCGUGUCUUUAGUUUGUUUUCAUAUUGUAAAUGCUACUUAGUUGCUUCGACAGGUAUAUUUUUUGGGGGGGGGGGUGGGUUGUGAGUUGUCAAAGUAAUCUCUUAUGCAGUUAUAAAUAAGGUCACUUCUAUGAGCUCCUGCAUGUUCUAAUUGUUUUUGAAACACCUGAACAUUCAUUUUUCACAAAUCAAAAGUAGCCACAAACCAAAAACCUUGUCCGUACGAAGGAGUUUGCAGCAUCAUAUUGUUUGUACGUGGCUAUUAGUAAUUUAACCAACCCGACUUCUAUGAUACAAUUCACAUGUAUACUCGCAAGUCUUGAGGUUUUGACAGUAAAUUUAAUGUUGGUAAUCCAAACACUUUCUGAAAUAUCCUUUCAGUCAUGCGCUCCUUUUAUUCACACACUGGUAAUAUUUGCAUUUUUCAAAAUAUCUCUUCCUAAUUACAGUGCCGAUCCAUCCAGCGUGCUGCUUUUCUUUGGGUUACAUUUGGCCUGGGUUACAUUUUGGGUUACAUGAGGAUGUGGGUGGUUGCAAAUUUUCAGAUAUGUUUUUGACCGGGAUUAAUUGAGGCAUCUGUCGCGGGUACAUUUUUAACAAUGAGCAUGCGCGUUGUGCGCAAUCAAUGAUUUUUAUGUUGACUGACAAAUUUUGUAAAUUUGUGUUGGGCUUUUAUUCAAUAAAAUAUUGGAUGGAUUUACA